GUAUCAAUUUUAAUGUAUAUUUAAGUACAAUCUGUUAUACAACAUAACGAUAUGUUCCAGAAUUAUUUGGUUUGCCUAUAAUUUUACAUAAUUUAAUAAAAAUCAUUGCGUCGCGUCUACCAGUCGUGCUAAAAUAAAUAAUAAUACGUCAUAUCGAUUGAUAUUGAAUGAAAAAAACAAACAAAAAACUUAUGUUUGUUGAUGUCCGCCAUCUUUUAUUUUGAUAAUAAUAUACACUAUCAGGUAAACUAUAAUAAUACCAUGUGUUGUUACCGUUAUUAAGCCAAUGCUGAAUAGUGAAUGCCAUUCGUUGUAACUUGUAACUCGUAUGAACGUAUAAUAGAAAUCGAAAUUUCUUGUGGGAUACCUAGUGUCGAAUAUUGAAUAUUCGACGUGUGCCGUGUGUCUAUUUGACGUCGUGCUAUACGAAUUGCUGGGGCUGCAGCAUCACGUCUGAAUCAGUCUGAACGGCAGCUAUAGAGUGUUGCGCUGAGACGACAACAACACCCGAGUUUGGAGGAGCGUCAUCAAAACUUUGGUAAAAAUGUUAAGCGACGAGGAAACUCCGAAUACAGAACCGUCCACUUCGGAUACAACCAACGUAGCUACUGGCUCUGCAACCGAAGUCACAAAUGAUGAUAACCAAGGCCAGAGUACGUCUGUGGCUGAUCCAAAUGCCGGUGCCCUGGAGGUGGCUGAAGACAAGACUGUAGCCAACGACGAGUAUAUCCGAUUGCGUGUCAUCACUAGUGACAUGACCAAUGAGGUGCACUUUCGUGUUAAAGCCGCCACAGCCUUGGUUCGCCUGAAACGCUCAUACUGCAGCAAGUUGGGUUUUCAGGUGGGCGAGUUGCGUUUUGUGUUUGAUGGUCAUCGAAUCACUGAUGAUGAUACCCCAAAAUCAUUGGGUAUGAUAAAUGAUGAUGUUAUUGAAAUAUAUCAAGAAAGAACUGGUGGUAUGUGAUGUGAACGUGUAAAGUUAAUAUUAUUUAAAAUUUAAAAUUUAGGUUUUUUUUCUGAAGUGUCUUAAAAUUUAAUGAUCAUCACAAAAUAAAUAUGUGUUAGUUUCAAACAAUAUAUGUUAACGGUGGUAUUUCAAUAACCGAAUUUCUAAAUUCCACAAAUAGAAAAAAAGUUUUCAUUAGCAACAUUAGUUUAAUCGUUUAAUGUACUCACUCCAAAAUAAAUUUCAGAAUUGUUGACCAAGUUCAGACUUAACUUCUAUAUUAAGAAUGUCAACUAGGUAUAAUUGUUGUCUUUAACAAAAUUAAAUAUACUGAAUGAUUCAGAGUUUCUUCCUCGUUUAUUGUGUUUACCUUGUGGUUUUUGGGAACUGUAUAUUAUGCUGUAAUUUAUACCAAUUUUAUUUAAGUGAAUUGUUGAAUUAUUGUACCAAUAAUGGAGUAGGCAAUAUCAAUUGAUAUAGAAUAAUGCUAUUUAUAUGGUUAAGUACUAAAAACUGCAUAUUAAAAAAUUGUUUGUAAGUCCUUUUUGAUCUAUCACCGCAUAAUAUAUACAUACAUUUGUUUAUUUUUUUAAACAUCUUUCUAUAUUUGUAGAUGCAAUAUUUCUAUCCUACCAUUCAAUAUUUGUUUAACCAAUAUGUUUACCAAAUUAUAAAUAAAUGCUUUUCUAAAUUUAUUUUCCUUAUUUUAA